UGUAAUUAUUUAACUCAAGUGGAUUCUCUAAUCUAAACAUUUUUACAAGAAAUUUAAAAUAAAAUCUUUUCAAAAUGAUGCGUUAUGAGGAUGAUAAUGAAAAAUUGGCUGAUAAUACAGCAUGUGCCGGUGUGCGAGCCGACUUGAAGAUGUGUUUAUUGGAAAGCGAUUGUUGCAAAAAGGACAAGAGGACACCCAGGGAAUGUUUGCAAUCUCACUUGGUCCCCGAAGAAUGUCAAAUGCUGCGCAAUACCUUUUUUGAGUGUAAAAGAUCUAUUCUUGAUAAUCGUAUGCGUUUCAGGGGUCGUAAAGGCUAUUAAAAAUUCGUUUCUGCAACAUAUUUAGUAAACAGCUAGGUUUAAAUAAAUGGUUUUUUAAUCUUAAAAUUUUAUUUUUUAAUUAGAAAUAAAUGAUAAGCAAAAUUUAAAA